CAUGGCGACCACUAAAUGACGAAAGACAAAGUCGCGCUUAUAAAUUCUAGGCCCCCUAUCCGAUUCCAGUUUUUGCAGAAUGAUAUGCCAGCUCACGGAGGCAUGAUGAUACGUCUUGGAAUUCUUAUUCUAUGUGUUUCUGGAUGCCUCGCCAGCAAUUCUGCAGGAUCACUUGGGCCAGUACCAGAACCAAGCCCACGCAGACUAGGGCCUGGGAUAGGAAACCAAGUGCCAUUUAACCCGAUAUAUAUCCCUGUCGCCGAGACCCCCGUCUCACAGAGCAUAGAACCUUUCAUUGGUCCUUUAAAUCUCCAUAGAAACAGAGGAAAUGCUCCUCGAAAUCUCAUGCAGUUACCAAAUGGGCCAAAUGUACCAUUCCCCGGGGGACUACAAAGAAUCCACCCCGCCACAGGAGGGACACAGGCAACAGGGGUUCCGGUCAUUAACUUCAACGAUUUCAUAUCGUUGAUUCGACAAGGUACCGUCACUCACUCAGGAUCGGGCCCCUUCGGUGCUGGUCGGGACCUUACUUACGUCAAUCUUGGGUCUCUUAUUCCGAAUGCACCAGAAGUUGCCAUACCUAGUAAUUCUUUACCACAGUAUCUCAGAGGAAAUUCUGGUACAGCUGUCUCCCACGAAAGUACGCAUAUUGUUCGUGGAAGGCAAUCAGUCGGCCAGGCUCAGAUCCCAUCCCUAUCUCAAACUCCCUCUCUAGGUUCGUUGAGUUCGGCACUUUCCAACAUCAAUCGAACGCCCGGUGUCCCACUUCAUCCAAUUGCUGCCCUUCACCAAGCCCAUGCUCUGUCAAGGCGUGUUAUACCACAGCCUGGCGCAAGACAGCAUCCAUCAGCUAUAUUUGGUAACCAGUUUGGAGGGAUGCCGACGAGUUUCAAUUCUUUUCCUGGUUCCAUACAUCCCGUUGCUGCCAGACUUGCCCAACAACACAAUGCAAAUGCCAUUCGUCAAUCCUUGUCUGGUUCUAGUCCUCUGACUGGACCAUUACAUCCCGCCAUUUUACGUUCGCUGUCAAAUUCAGCACCAUCAUUGCCGCGUGUCCCAUUUCAUCCUGCAUCUAUAUUAAAUGCCGUUGCACCUCAAACAAUGGGUUCAAAUGCGCGACUUCCAGGGUUAAACAGACUGCAUAGAUUUAAUGAUGGAGGAGUACAUUCGUCUUCAACAACAAGCUUCGUUCAUCACCAAAGCAGAUUUGCACAAGUACCAAACUUAGUCUCUGGAAUUAACCCGGUAUCAUCAGGUAUCUUUCCUUCAAGUCGUGGUUCUUCCACUAGAUCAGGUUCAGGUGGUAAUAUUCAACCAAUACCUAGACAAAGAAAUGGUCAACGCACGCCAGUAUCAUUUGGACCAGCAUCAAACAUUCCCCUGACCGCUAAUAGAAGAAUCCUUCCUAGAACUCCUGGACCAGAAGGAAGGAAUAGAGUUUCACCAAAUCCUAACAUUGAUCCAAGACUUUCAGUUAACAGAAUACAUAACUUUGUUCGACGAUCAAGUUUUGAUGACUUCGUUCCUAGAUCAUCAUCUGUAAAUGGGGAUAGGCAGAUCUUUGAAGACCAAACGCAAGAGUCGAGAUUUGUUGAAUCUCGCAGGUCACCCGUGAGCAGAGGUGGUUUUUCAGAUCCCAACUUUAGACGUCCCAGUACUAGAUUUAACCAAAUAAAUUUGCCUACAGAUCAAUUUAACAGAAGAGAAAAUUUACCAUUUGAUAGUAGACGUGACUUUACCAGAGAUAGAAGUCCACAACCUUUGUCAAAUAUCGAUUUACCUUCGACGGUUGAUGAACGUAUACAACAAGAUUUCAUGAGAGAUAAUUUUGCCCUUCCGAGACAAUUUGACCCUGAUUUCUCCAGGCCAUUUGAUUCAGGUAAUUUAGGAUCCGAUUCAAUAAAUGUAAAUCCCCGUUUUACCGACCAAAGACCGGAGAACAUGCAACCUCUACGUAGGGGUACCGCACCUAGAUUUAUUCCAGCAAGAUUUCCACAACCUUUAACCGAAGAUCAAGACUCAACAACUUUCCGUAGAUCUAGGGGUCGUCCUUUAACAAAUACUGACAUCCCAUCUCGAGUUUUCCAACCAUCUUUCGUAAGCGAUCGUAGAUCCCAAGCUCCUCGAUCAAGAGAACCCGCUAACGAUUUCCCCAGACCUAUCGGUAUAGCAAUACCUCCUAACCAGGUAACGAGAGAUCGAAUUGAUUCAAAUGUUGAUACUUUUAGAAGAGGUAUUCCAUUCAGUAGCCCAUCAUUUGAUAAUCGGCGUUUAUUUGAUGAUCGAAACAGUAGAUUCAGUCCUGAGAAUAGGUUUGUAACACCAAGAGUAUCGUCUAGACCGAACGUCUUUACAUCUAGGAGGCCUCAAUCACCUGUAAUUGACGACCGACGAUUCCGAACACCUACUCGUGCCACCAGUCUCUCUUCUCCAAGACCCAUAGGUAUAGCUGUACCUAGGCAAAGAAUUGUGGAACCAUUUAACACAGGUUCAUUUGAAAGAAAUGUUCCAUUCAAUGGACGCGAUUUUAAUGAUGUGAGAGAAAAUCGCAUUGCUGACCCCCAGAAUUUCGGAUUUGGUCCAGAAAAUAGAUUUUUACCCCCAAACGAUUUAUCAUCUCCCCCUUUUAUUCCAUCAAGAGUAUUACAACCUCCAUUCAGUGAAGAUCCCAGGUUUCAGAACCGUGUUAGCAACGCACCCUUUAUGGGUAACGGUAUAAACGACGUCCCUAGACCAAUUGGAAUCGCUGUACCUUCAAACCGUGCAACAGUUCAGCCAAUGUUUAGCACACGUCCUGGUGUAGGUCAAUUUCCAAGGUUUAAUGAUCAAGAUUUUGACGAUUUAAGGAUGGAACCAGAUAAUAGAUUUGGCGACAGAAGAGAUAGUAUCAGCAGUCCUUUUAGUAGAUUUGAUCCACUCAACAGAUUGAAUACACGUUUUGAUGAUCCCCGGGACGGGCGAUUUGAAUUCAAUAAUAUAUUUGAUAGAGAUAUUGAUCGUUUUGAUUCACGAGCUGGUGCAUUCAAUCCAGAUAGAAGAUUUGAUGAUAGAGGUCCAUUUGAUGACAGAAGACCAUUGGAUGAUAGAACACCAUUUGAUGAUAGAACACCAUUUGAUGAUAGAAGAAGCGAUGAUCCUUUUGGUGAUAUAGUUGACUUUUUUGAUGAAGAAAAUGAUAGGUCUUUCACGCCUUUCUUUCAGCCAAGGUUUCCUCCUUUAGUGAGAUCUAGCUCUGGGUCUCAAUUUUCAGUAUCACCGGUUUCUAGAGAAAUGACACGAUUUUUUCAGCGUUCCCCAGUAAGAAGGCCUCGGGGGUCUUUUCUGAUAUCUUUCCUCGUAAAUAUCGAUGAUGUGACAAGUGCUUCGGAUGAAGUUGGGUUUGAUGUGAACCGAGGCGUACCUCGAGGAUUCCAAAAUAGAUUUAUUCCUAGAGACCCAUCGUCACCAUUUAGAGUAAACGGUCCAAUGGGCGAAGACAUUAAUAGACUAGAAGAAAGAGAUAUAUUUGAAAAUGAUCGAAGAAAUGCCCGCAAUAAUUUUGGCAACCCAUUGCCUAUAGUUCCAUCAGGACGAUUUCCAGGAAGAAAUGAUGGAAUAAACGAGAGAGCAGAAAGGCCUUUUAACCCAAGAGACAUGAUGCCAAGAACUCCCUUCGCAUCACCGAUGGCACCUUCUUCACCAUCUCGUAUUUCACCACAAGUACCUGAUAAUUCUUUUCAGACUCGACCCCUCUCGCAAUUUCGUCGACCAAUAGAUACAAAUAGACCGUUUUUUAGACGACCUCAACCUAUGCCCGAACAACCAGUGCGACAAACAAGACCUCCGCCACAACCUUUUGGAUUGGCUAUUCCUGACCCAGACGGUCCCAGAAACCAACCCUUCCUGACAGCCGCCGUACAGGGGCAGUUUGAUGGCCCAAUGCCAAACAUUGAUAUCAACGACGCAUUCAAUCGACGACAGCCGGGUCUGACUUCCGAACCCGUGGUACCUUUUCCUCAAGGCGGUUUCGAGUUCAAUCAGCCUAGACUUGGAAGUUCGCAGAUAUCCUCCAACAAUAUCCCGAAUGUCCGGCACCUGUUGAAUUUGGGUAAUUCAAUUGUCCAUUCCCAAACAGCGCCGAAUAUUCCAGCAUCAUCUGGUGCUGUCGGUGGCAUACAACGACCGAUUAAUCCACCAGUUAACACUGUACGAGGUGGUCCCUUGUCAGCGAUUUUUAACUUGAGGCGUAACUCCAAUGUUUUACAGAAUAAUAACAGUUUCCUUGGAGUGCAAGGCCAAGGUAAUCCAGGCAUAAGAAGUGUUUUCCGACAACACAGACAUGUUACUCAUACAGUGGGAACCGGUGGUCCAUCUCCAAUUAAUUCCAGAAACCUUUACGUUUCCAAGAAGGCAUUUGGACGAUACGAGUGAUAUACCGGUACAUGACUUUUUAAAACGAUACAAAAUGUCAUUCUUGUAGCCGUUGUGGAAAGGUGUUGGCUGAAUAAAAUCACACAUUGUGAUACAUGUAUGUUUGCUUUUAUGUUAGGGUAUUGAAGCGCUGUAAUGUCAUAUAUGUUUCUGUGAAAGCAACAAAGCGGGGCAAAUUUUACUGAAAUAAAACAUAGUGUUUUAUAUAUCAGAUCAGUCUUGAUUUGGAAAUAAAUCGAACUAUGUCGAUGAUAGUUAUA